AUGGGUGUAUCUGAAACAAUUGUUGCGAAACAGCAACGGUCGAGGCCUAUGGAGUUGUCGAGAUCUCCUUCCUCAUCGUUAUCAUAUUCGGCGCUUAUUCCCAGCUAUUCCGAACACUGGAUCCAAAUGGAUGGCAGUCAGGUAGAGAAAUCAUUGCAUAGUGAGGAAAAAGAAGAACAAACAGAAGAAGAAGAAGAAGAAGAACAAACAGAAAAAGAAGAAGAAGAAGAGCUGGUAUCCAAUGGCCACAGCACAUCAAAUCAACUCAAGCUUGAAGCAAUAUACGAUGCAAUAUAUAAAAAAGAAAUGGGGGACUCGGGGGACUCGAGGGACUCAGGGGAAACGGAAAAUCCACUGAUGGAUUUGGAUUUAUUGAUGGAUUUGGAUUUAUUGAUGGAUUUGGAUUUAUUGACCAAGAUGGCACGUUCCACUGGGGGAUUAGUCAGUAACGCCAUUAGGAGAGUAGUCUGGCCCAGGUUGUUACUACUACUGAAUGAAAAGAAAAACAAACAACAGCUAAAUACAGAUUCUUUAUUAUCUUCCCGCUCAAUUGCUAGUCAUCACCACACAAGUUUCUCUCCAGAUUCGUUAUUGGCAAACUUGGAAUGUAUUGAUUUACCUCCUCAUAAAGAUGAAGAUCAGGUGAAGCUAGAUAUACAGAGGUCAUUCACUGUUUUGAACCAUAUCCAGUCAUUGAACCAUACCACCACUAUUGAUUCCUUAACAUUGAAAUCCACAAGCGUUUUUGAAAAGGGCUCAUCAUUUACAACCAUUCUUAGUUCUUCAGAUAUCAGCUCUUUGAAGAAGAUGCUAUCCAAUUUAAUAAUUAAAUUAUUACGGAAAUACCCAAGUCUCAAUUACUACCAAGGCUUUCAUGAUAUUGCCAGUAUUGUUUUGUUAGUCUGCUACAAUGCAAAACACAACAACGAAUUGAUCGAAAAGGAUAUUGAUCAGGAUCUUGCUUUUAGCAUACUAGAAAACUUGGCACUUUUCCACUUGAGGGAUUUCAUGAUCUCGGAUAUCAAUUUAUCAGUUAACCAUUUGAGGUUGAUUCCAACAAUUUUAGAAAAUGCAGACUCACAAUUAUUUGAAUUAAUUAAACAAACAUCUACUUCAUACCAUACGUCACUGGGAAAAGCGUAUGACUAUAAGUUUUUCCAAGGUCUUUCUUCAAUCUUGACAAUGUUUUCACACGAUUUAAUGAACUUGUCACAUAUCCUCAUUAUAUGGGAUUUCAAUUUUGCAUAUGGAUCCGUUAUUGCCAAUCUGUAUAUUUAUGCAGCAGCUCUACUUGUAUACAAACCCAGAAUUUGGGAAACACUACUGUUGGCUAAAGAGCAAGACGAUUUCAUUGAAGUAGAUCAGGAUUUGGUACAUACCAUACUAUCACCCGCUGCAUUAUUUGAUAGCAUUAGUGACUCGGACUUGUACAAAGUUUUAGCCAAAGCCAACGAUUUAAUUGAAAAGUACCCACUUGCGCAUUGCGAAAAUGUCAAUAGAACAUGGGAAAAGUGGUUUACAAACUACAAUAAUCAUUCGGUGUUGCUCACCACAUCGAACAUAUCCAAAUCCAGAGAAGAUAUAGCUUCAAACUAUUCCAAUCUUCUAGAUCCCCAAGAUAAUGCAUUACAUGAUUGGAUCCAAACGCAAGAUAAUGAAAUAAUGAGACAAGCACUUGAUGAAAUGCAAGAGCAACAAGUUCUUUUCGCAGAGGAGGAUGAUACUCAGCAUUCAAUUGUCUCUACUCAAUAUGAAGAAGAUGACGAUGACGACAACAACAACAACAACAAUAACAACGACGACGACGAUGGGGACUAUUCUUCUAAUAUCAAUUCCCUUAGCUCCUCCUUGACAUUAAACACCUCAUUCACUUCAUCAUCACUAUACAAAAUUACCUCCAACACUAUUCUUCGAAAACUAUUUCCACCAAACCACUCUCCUACUCCAAAUGCCAACGAUGACAAACGAAUUGUUAUAUGGAACAGAAAUUGGUUUUCGUUGCGCAAUAUCUACAAGAUCAGUAUUGCCGUGGGGGUUUUUGGAUUCCUCCUCCACUUUUUUCUAGUCAAGUGUAAUGGUGGUGAAGUAUGCCGACAGAUUCUUGAAAAAGAAGGAGUUUUAAUUAUCAAUAAUGUUGCAAAUGAUGUGCGGGUCAUGUUUAGUAAUUUAUUUUCUUCCACAACGCAACUAAAAAAUGUUUUGCAAGUGGGCACAGGAACGUUAAGAAAUACGAUAUACGGGUUCGAGCUGUAA